AUGAGAGAUGUCACAAUAGUCAAAAAAAUUCUCCGCUCAAUGACUACAAAAUUCGACUAUGUGGUCUGCUUCAUUGAGGAAGCACAUGAUAUUGAUGUGAUGUUCAUUGAUGAACUACAAAGUUCCUUGCUAGUACAUGAGCAGCGAAUGUCAAGCCACAUUGUGAAGGAACAAGCCUUGAAGGUCACCACUUAUGGAGAACCAUCCACAGUAAGAUGA